GGGAGAAAUGCACUGCAUAGGAUGAAAACUAUGACGACGAUGCCGUCCUUUGCUCCUCAUCGAGUUGGGGUUGGGUUGCUUGAGCGAUUGGAGCCCAUCCUCGGGAAGGAAAAUGGACUUGUUUCAGCGGAGAGCCCGUUGGAUCCGAUGACGAGUUCUACUUCUAGCACGGGCUCUGAACUAGAGCUAGUUGAACUUCGCUGCGGACCGCCCACCGUGUCGAGCGUUGAGUGCCCUGCAGCGACUUUUUCCUGGGCACCUCUUAGCAAUGUUCCAGAGGGACUCAAUCCGACAUACAUGCUCGAAAUACAACAACUUGAAAACGCGGAAAGCAGCCCGGGUAGCACGUGGCUUUCUGUCUACAGGGGUAACAAGCUGACCUGCAAGGUUUCAGAGCUUAAAUCAGGAAGGUCUUACGCUGCACGGCUCCUUGCAAGCGUGGAGAGUGGCUCCCUUGCGGAUGAGACCUCUCACGUCGCGGGCGUGGAGGUUCGCGUGCUGCACGCCGACCAUAUUGUAUUUGCCACUCCGUCGGCGGUGCCAUCCGGUAUGCAACCGCCAUCUCUCGUACAACGGGCGCGCAACGCGCUGAAGCUUAAAUGGACGGUCCCGGAGGACCCUGGAGGGGUUUUCGACCUCACCUAUGUCCUGCAAGUUAGCCCUGCGCCCCAGGGGCUAGAGGGCAGCCGGACCUACAUGGGCUUCGUGGAGGUGUACCGUGGGCCGGAGCGCAGCUUCAAAGUGGUGAAGCUGCAGCCGGGAGUGCGCUACACCAGCCGCGUGCAGGCCAUCAAUCCUGUCGGGGAGGGGCCAUUCAGCCUGUGCAGCGCCUACACGACGCAGGCGACGGUGCCUACACAACCGCAGCCGCCCACUGUACAGUCAGCAACGGCGAGCACGUUGACGCUCAGGUGGACCCCGCCAGCGGACAACGGCUCACCCGUCACGGGAUACAGCCUGGAGCGGGACGACGGCGCGGGGGGCGACUUUGCGCUGGUGUAUGGGGGGCCUAACACGACGUUCACCCUGAAGGGGCUCAGGCCCGGGACGGGAUACCGGUUCCGGCUUCGAGCCGAUAACGACGAGGGUAGAAGCAUAUGGAGCGCGACGACGACGCUCUUGACUGGCGCGGCGCCCCCGAGCAGCCCCGAAGCGAUGCAGGUGACGUCAGCUGGGCGAACAUCGGCUAGACUGGUGUGGCGCGCUCCGGAGGAGGACGGCGGCAGCAACGUGUUGGCGUUCGAGGUGGAGCUUCAGGCCAUCUCCCGCGCCGCCACGGCCUGCAUGGGCACCGACUGGCUCAAAGUCUUUGACAACGAGGUGCCGGGCUGCACCAUCGAGUCGCUCUGCCCCGGAUGCGCCUACCAGGUCCGCGUCCGCGCGAAGAACGCGGCUGGAUGUGGGUCAUGGACGCUGCCCCUGCAGUUCACAACCGCGGCGCAUGUGCCGGAGGCGCCGCAGACGCUGCAUGCAGCCCGCUGCUCGCCCUCCUCCAUCUACGUCUUGUGGGCUCCACCCCGCCACGACGGUGGCUCCAAGGUCUUGCAGUACCGUCUAGAGAUGGCGCCCGCCGGGUGCCACUGCGGCAUGUGCCCUCAGGCGCUGGCGGCGGCACCGGCGGCCAUGCUUCCGUACGGACCCCCGGGCGUGGGUUUCGCCGUACCGCCGCCACCUCCACCCCCACCGCCGCCGCUAGCAGCCCAGCAUGGAUCGGCGAUGCUGCGGCCCACGCUGUGCCCCGCAGUUACUCCUGUCACCGUGUAUACCAGUGAGACGGUGGGGUGGGAGCAGCAGGGCUUGCAGCCUGGAUGCCGGUACAUCUUCCGGGUCCAAGCGCUGAACGCGCAAGGAGCGAGCCCAUGGACGGAAUGGAUGGCUAGCGCAACAACGGCCGACGUUCCGCUGACGCCUGCGCCCCCGGCGGUCAGCUGCGUAACAGCAGCUGACCUAGUCCUCAGCUGGCAAGUGCCGCCGGGACAGGGGGCACCCGUCACGCAGUACUCUGUGGAGGUUGCGACGCUGCCGCAGGCUCCCGCAGCGCUCUUGCAGCUGCCAGGCCGCACCGGCAUCGUCACCGACCCAUGGGUCGCGACCCUCGGCUUCAAGCUGUCCUACCGUGGCCCGGAGACCGGCUGUCAGGUUCGCGGCUUGGAGCCAUUCACCGCUUACGCCUUCCGGUUGUGCGCUCAUAACGACGUGGGACCGAGUCAGUGGAGCGUGUGUGUGGCGGCGGUUACAGGACACGCGCCGCCCACGUGUCCCAAAUCCCUGGCGGCGCAGCCCUCCUCCAGCUCCUUGGUAGCGCUCAGCUGGGCACCUCCCGAGCGGGACUUUGGUGAGCCGGUUGUGUCGUACACCGUGGACAUGGCUGCAGCAGGUCGCAGCGGCCACGGCGGGGGCAAGAACGCAGGGAACGGCAGCAGCGCAUCCUCAUGGAGCCAUGUGUACACCGGACCAGGCAGCGCCUGCCAAGCGGGAGGUCUGGCGCCUGGCCGCACCUACCAGUUCCGUGUCCGAGCUUGCAACGCUUGCGGCUGGAGCCCUUACUCGCCAGUCGUGACGGCAACCACACUGCCGGCGCCGCCGUCAGCGCCUGGGAAGCCGGCAGCCUCUGGUCGCACGUCCUCGGGCUUCCGUGUGCGGUGGGAGGAGCCGGAGCACACGUACGGCGCCCACGUGACGUCGUACGUGCUGGAAGUAUCUGAGGCGGGUACGGAUGAGUGGGCGGCGAUCUACACGGGCUCGGACAUCGCAACCAAGGUUUCCAGCCUCCUGCCGGCGACGAAGUACCUCGUGCGUGUGGCAGCGGUCAACUCGGCCGGGCAGGGAGCUUACAGCGAGUGCGAGGCGGUGACCACGUUGCUGCUGCCGCCGCUGCCGCCCAGCGACUUAUCCGUCAAGGAGGCCGGCUCCGAGCUCGCGAUGCUCUCCUCAGAUGCUGCCAUGCAAGGCGCGUCUCCAGCAGCGGAUGCGGCCUCGGGUGCCUCCACCACAGCGGUACCAGCAGGCAGCCAAACCUCUGUGCUCGUCUCAUGGCAGGAGCCUGCAUCCGACGCCACGCAUGCUGCGGUCCUGGGCUAUGAGAUUGUGGCUACACCGAAGCCCGGCUCGGAAGCGGCGGCAGGACCCGGCGGCGGCGUCAUCAAGCUGAACGUGGCGGGCCGGCGCUGCGACGCUCGGCUGGAGGGAGUGGUGCCCGGCUGCUUGUACGGCAUCCGCGUACGCUCCGUGGGAGUGGAGGGCACGGGUCACAGUGGGUGGAGCGAGGAGGUGGGCGUGGCGACCCGACCGCGACCGGAUAUGGACGCGCUAUCAGUCUGCAGCAGCGGCGGGGCUGGGGUUGCUUCUGGCGGGAGCGCUACGGGUGGCAUGUCACAGCGGAGGAGCGGGACAGGGGCCAAGAGGGCUGCGAAGCAGCGUCAGCAAGCAGCUGCAGGGGCGGCAGCACCGCCGCCGCAGGCGCUCGCAACCACGGUCUCAUCCAACCCUGCCGAGGAUGGCGCGUCCGGCCCUAACGGCAGCAACAGCAGCGCCAGCCGCUCACGGGCAAGGGCGGGCGGCGCAUCCUCGCGCGUGGCUGCGGCAGCCACCGUCGUCGUUGCCAAGAAGUUGCGCAAGGCGACAGCGCUGGAGCGGCUGGCGGAUGAGACGCCGCGCUGGUUUGGCUGCGCGGUGGAGGCGGUUGCCAAGACCCUGUUUGGGCCGAACUGGCGGCGGGAGUACAUCCGGCAGCUGCGGACGUUUGGCAAGUACAUGUUCCUGCUAUGUGUCGUGGUCCUGGUAGUCCUGGUGGUUCUGUCUAAGCAGUAGUAGCACCGCGGUAGGCAUGCUUGGGGUUAGGGACGCGGAGUCCGCGCCGAGUAGGCCAACUUGUACGACGAGGUGUUUGGGGGAUGGAGGAACGGCCGGUGGUGUGUUGAUAGCGGCUAGGGCGGCCGCGGGGCAUCAUGCCUCGUUACUGGGAGCGUCCUUGAAGUCGAGGGUGGAAACCUCGGUGGAUUAGUGGAUUACAUAGGGAGUAAAGGGAGUGGGUCAUUGGAAGGUCCGGUUUUCAAAGGCUGUGGUGGCACGCAGCUACCUUGUGCGGUGGGUUGUGUGCUAAUAUGGCAUGGCUGGGAGGGUUGCAAGGUGGCCUGAAAACGCUGCAAGGCUGAUGCGACGGAGCUGUAUUACGAGUGCAGAUAUCUGUGUGCGCUUUGUUGCUUCGUCGGCCAGGCCAUUUUUUAGAACCCUUGUCGACAAUGGUAAAUUAACGUCAGGGGCCUACAUACAGGUUUGAGGCAUUCUUCUUAGGCCAGUCGCCGGCAUUUCCUCUGGGCCGGAGUUCGUUCGUCUUGGCAGUUCCUAACGGCAUCCGGGUCCAUUUCAGUUGCAGGCUGCGGCAACCCAACUGCAAGGUUGCCGUAUUGUUGUUCUUUUGUCCUUAGCCCGGGACGCGCCUAGCCACCGCCAUGAAGGAAUCCACUAGCUGCCCAUCACGGCUCGCAUUCAUACCAAGAUGCUGUUCUAAAACUUUUCACUAUAUGCAAUUCCUGCUUGCAGUCGUUGUUGCUGAAACGGUGUAUCAACGUGAGUUUGUCUUGCCGUGUGAUGAUGCCUUGUGCAGCACAGCGUCUUGUUUCUCUGCGUUUGCUGUGUUAGGAUGGCUUAGGUGCGUCUGUUAGACUUCAGCGUUUCUCAAGGCUGUACGACAACGUCAUGGAAAGUCCCGUGUCGACAAAGUCUAAAUCCAUCUGUACGCGUGAAGUGCCAUGACUAAAUUUAGGAUCCUAGGGCUGCUGCUUUCUUGCAUGAGUUGAGGAUUGCAAGAUCUGUCUCGCUGUGGCAUGUGUUGCUGGUAGUUUGUUACCAAAGCUGGAAAGUGCUGCAAAGUCCGGCACCUCCUUUUGACGCUUGUUGCUAUACAGGUGUAUCUAUGUGUGCCUUGCUGCAUGUUUGUGUGCCGCUUCGGCGGGCCUGGAAAGUACGCGGGUAUAAAUAUCACACGGGAAUGGUGUGCAAGUGUGAAAAGGCGUCAAGAAAAAAGGUGUCAUAUCUUCCUAGGUUUCGCGGGAGUUGAUUAGGCAAGAGGCAGCAAUGUCAUUUAGGGCAGGACCAUGGACGUGUUAUCCCCGGUCUGCGCAUUGCAUGCACGAUGGAACGGGUUGGAUGUCCCUAGGCGAAGCCUUUGGUACGCUGGCAUUUACGGACGAUACAGGCUGAAGCUCGCGCGUCUGGGUCGUCUACACGGUCUGUAUGACGUGUGGCUACAAUGGAGCCCAUGCACUGUGCCGCGGCGUCUCCUGCAAGAGGACACAGAUGAAAAACCAUAUUGAUGUUACCGGUAGUUACUUUGCAAAUACAGGGCUACGCCUCCCUGCAUGUGGGGUCCGUGCGCUUAGGGCCCAAGAGGUGUAGAGGUGCCAAAGGAAAAACUGCGUUUCCGGUGCGCAGUGGGGUUGUAGAGGAAGAUGUGCCGCAGAGGAGCCGCUACAGUGGUCUGCUGUGCGGUAGCCCUGAAGGGGCUGGUCUGCUGAUACAAGCUACAAGUCGCGUACACGUGGCUCGCGGCUGUGUUCUGAGGAAUGGUCGCCCGCCGCCGCGGGGUGGCGACUAGCAGGAGUGCUGUGCACUGCGUGCUCAUGAUGCGUACGGCAUGCAGAGGGGGUGACAUCUCGGGGCAAUCCGGCGCUGGUGGGGGGUCUGCGGCAAGUCGCGGGGCUCUGCGUGUCGUCUGUGCAGCCAUGCAGGGUGGUUACAAGGCAGGUGUGUGAGUGCACGACGUUCUGCAUAUCGGUACCAUGAUUGCAUGGCCUUGGCAGGCUCUCGCCAGCACAUCCGCGUAGCGACCAGUGUAGGGGUUUGUUGGGUAUCCCGGGCCGUGGAAGAGGCGGGGAGGUAUAACUGGCGCCAUUGCGCGAGGCAGGUUUGCGAGCAAGAAUUCUUGCGGCAACGAGCAAACUGUAAACCAGGACUGUACGGGCUCAGUCACUGCACUUCCCAAAACGUUACCCAGCGGG